UCUAACCUCAAAUACUUUGCAGCAUGCCCUAGUUUCUUCUCCUUUGUCUCAAUAAAACUCACAACCACCCCUCAACCCCAUGCAUGAAACCAUUCAAUAAGAGACAACCAAAUUAUACACUUCAUCCCCACAUGCUUUCUUUGAUUACGUAUCCGUAACCUCUCCCUUUCUUAAUUCUAGGGUUUGUGCAUAGGCCAAGCCAAUGAUGUCGUCGGACAUGAACAAAGAUGAGAGGAACUAUCAGAAUCCAAGUAGCCGCGGCAAGGCCAUGUCAGCCACAAGGCCACCAGCAGCCAUAAACUGCCCUAGAUGUGAUUCUCCGAACACAAAGUUCUGCUACUACAACAAUUACAGUCUCACUCAACCGCGACACUUCUGCAAGACGUGUAAGAGGUAUUGGACUAAGGGAGGAGCUCUACGUAACGUGCCUGUUGGUGGUGGCUGUCGCAAGAACAAGAAAACCUCCAGAGCUUCCUCUUCAAGGCCCUCCUCAGGAGACUUUAAGGACUCCUCAGGAGCCUCAUCAUACUCAGACAGUGGCGGAUUCAGGUUCUACAAUAGUCUACAGUUCCAACUUGGAGAAGGCCUAACAAAUUUUCCGCGGUUUAACAAUAUUUCAGCACCUCCUCCUGUUGGCAAUCAAUUAGUUUCUUCAUUCGGUGACAUUCCAACAGUACCUUUAUCAUCAAAUGUUAUGUCCAAUUUUACUUUGGAACCUAAUCCGGGAAACAAUUUAAGCCAAUUCAUGGCCUUAAAUAGUUUCCCUUUAUCUUCUUCUUCUUCCUCAUCUUCUGUACUCAAGCAAGAUCAUGCAGACAAGUAUGGAGGCUUCAAGGAAGGAUUACUUCACGAUACGGUCCCCUCUAACAGUACGGUCCCCUCUAACAGUAAUCUGGCUUAUUCUAUCGAGUCCUUGAGUUCAAUCAACCAAGACCUUCACUGGAAGUUACAACAAGAUAGGCUUAACACGAUGUUCAAUAAUGGCGGUGAUAAUAGUAAUUACCCGCGGCAAAAUGGUUUGAUUAGCAGUACUGCCAACUAUCUCGAACACUCUCAGAGUCAGAAGCCACAUCCCCUGUUGUUUCAGAACCUGGAGAUUUCGUCGAAACCAGCUGAUGAAUCAAGAAUGGAGAACACUGGAAAUGUUAGUUCUGCAAAUUUGGGGACAGAUUGGUGCUUUGGUAAUUCUAGUUAUGCACCUGUUGUGAAUCAAAACCCCGCGAUUAGCAGUGGCCUUAACAUUGCUGAUAUUAAGGAGAAUCAGGCAUGGGCCAACUUUGAUCAGUUCACAACCCUUCCUUAGAGCUUAGAUGUUGAUUAGCUUUGAUGAUCAAGAGGUUAAAUCUUGUAUGUAAACUCCGAUGUUGAUGUUAAAGUUUAGUAGUUUAGUUUAGUUGAUCUGAUAUAUGACCAGCUAAAUCAUUUCUGUAUUCGCAUCUUGUUAUAUGAACAUACAUUGAAACUUGUCAAGUAACCAUGUCUCGUGUCA